AUGUUUGCGCUACCCUCUGUUAGAACUCUAAGGAGCACUUUGAAUGGUGUUCCCAUAAAACCGGGGAUUUCGAAACCUGUGUUCGAAGUUCUCAAGCAACAGGUAAGCCGAAUGAGGAACUAUAAGCACAAAUUGUGUACCCUAAUAUUUGAUGAAAUUGCAAUCCAACCUCAUUUGGAUUACCUGCCGCAUGAGGACAGAAUUAUAGGUUUCGAAGACGACGGCUUUACCCAGAGUAGAAAUGUGGCUGAUCAUGUGUGUGUUUUUAUGUUGCGAGGCAUUUUCAAAAGAUGGAAGCAACCUGUGGCUUUUGCCUUUUGCAAAUCAUCAUUAAAUUCCAACAAAAUAGCCACUUUCUACAAAGAAAUCGUAAAGCGAGCCACUGAUGCUGGUCUAAAUGUUAUUGCUUCUAUAUGCGAUCAGGGCAGCAAUAAUAGAAAAGCUCUUAGCAUAUUGCUUUCCGAGACUAAAUUCAAUGCUACUUUAAAAGGUGAGGAAGUAAAAGAUAAUGUAAUCAUUAUAAAUAACCACGUAGUUGUUCCGUUGUUUGAUCCUCCUCAUCUUUUAAAGAGCUUGAGGAAUAAUUUAUUAACAAAAAAUUUGGUAUUUUAUAAAAACGGAAAAAGAAUGGUUGCCAAGUGGUCACAUAUAGAGGCAGCAUAUCAUUUAGAUCAGGCACGAGAUCAUGGCUUGAGGCUCAUGAAGAAACUUACUGAUUUUCAUGUUAUACCAGAAAAGUUACAACGACGAAAAAUGAAAGUUUCUUUAUGUGCUCAAGUUUUUAGCGAUCAGGUGGCUUCUUUUAUGGAUUUCGCUGCUGGGACAAUGGGACGCAGCAUUCUCAGUGACCCACUUCCUGUUGAGGCACAUGAAACCGCCUUGCUCAUUAAAUUUAUUGAUGAAAUUUUUGAUAACGUAAAUGGUGGUUUAGGAUACACUGGUGGUAAGGUUCUACGGGGAAUGGUAGGAGGAAAAACUCCUCAUUUAAGAAAAUGGAUCGAGGGGAAACGUAUAUUUUCAAAUAUGGAAWUUUCAAAAAGCAAYCCUUCUGACAGAUCAAGGCCACCUUGCUUGGAGGGUUGGUAUCAAACUCUGGACGGAUUCAUCUUAAUUAAAAACAUUCUCUCGAGGCUUGGUUACAACUCUUUUCCUGCGCGAGCUUUUAACCAAGACCCUCUUGAGAAUUUUUUUGGUCAAGUGAGGCAGUAUGGAGUGAGAUACAACAAUCCUACCUGCAAGGCCUUUGUCCCAUAUUAUAAAUCACUUCUAAUUASAACUUUUGCUUCUUACCAUUCCCCGGGAUCCAAUUGUGAGCAAGAUCCCGAAGACCUUUUAUUUUCAAUAAGAGAUUUUGUAGAACAGCGACCAGUGUGUCCUGAUCCACCAGUAAAUGAUCGAUGGAUACCCCCGGAAGUAUCUGAUGGUGAAUUUGAUUAUMUGGAAGCUGAUGCUCUAAGUUACAACAAUGUCGAGAAGAUCAAGGAGUCGGUCCCGGCGCUCUUAAAGUGCCAGAAACACUGGUCAUUCCAGGAGCCGGAGUGGUUCGCGAGAUCAUGGUUGGGAAACGCCAUAAUCCAAGGGAUUAGUGGUCUCACGGGUGGUACCUCUUCGAGAAGCAACAGCGUGGGCUGGCAUUUGUCCCAGAACUUUGUCUCGGAGUUCAAUCCUAUACACAACAACGCGGAGGAGUGGAUUCAUUCCGUGUUGAAGAAUAUGCCGUCCUUCAUCGAUGGGACGAUAGGGCUAUUUGUUAUGCUAAUUUGCGACACAUGCCGCGAACCGAGAACGCCGUACAGGCGAAACGACCCUCCAGAAACUUUGGAAGCCGCUCUAGAGGCCGUCUUUUCGACAGGCGGCAGAGCGUUUUGGUGUGCCAAGGAAUACCAUCUAAAGGAAAUAUAA